GCUUCCUGAAGACAAAAAGGUUCAAGCAGCUGCCAGCAGCAGUGGACAAGAUGAGGAACAGGCUGAAUGAGCUCAAGACUGAUAGGAUGAAAUACCAAGACUCACUGAAAGACUCCUACAAGAACAUCCUGGUUGAAAUCAAGGCGCUCCGCAAAGAAAUAAACCAGAUCUUAGACAAGCUGGAGAAGAAGACAGUUGAACAGUUGGAUAGCAUGAUGGAAGAUUUAGAGAAGUCUAUAAAAGAUGAUUUAGAAGCCUGUGGCCAUAUGGAUGACCAACUCAAGACCUUAAUUGAGAAGCUCCAUCAGGCAACUGGCAAAAACAAGGACACCAUACCUUACAUUGGAUUCAGAAAAUGCCAGUCUAUACUGAGUGAAGCGAAUUGUCUUGUGCAAGAAAUAAGAGUAAAAGAAGAAAUGAAGUUCAAAUCUGAUGAAAGUGUAUUGCCAUUUCUGAGAAACCUAAAGCGCUUUGACAUUGUUGAAAGUGUUUUUACUUAUGUGUAUAGGGUUCAGGGUUUAAGUCAUUAUAAGGUAAGAAUAAAGAAGGACAAGAACAAUUGCAGUAUUAAAGGUGUAUGUGGGUUGGCUAAUGGAGAGAUGGUUAUUGCUGAUUAUAACAACCUAAGAGUGAAGCUUCUGAACAGGCAGUAUGCGGUCAUUGACCACUGUGAUCUGCCUUCUACUCCUCAACACUUGUGUCACACCACAGACAAUGUUAUAGCAGUAGCUGUAAGUGACUUCACUACUAUAAAUGAGGUCCACUUCCUCACAGUGACCAAAGGAAAGAUACAAGCAAUGAGAAAGUUCACCACAGACCAUUGCUGUCAUUCCAUUGCUCACCACAAGGGCCACCUAUAUGUGGGCUCCAGUGAUGGCCUGUACCUAUAUUCUAUGGAUGGAAGACUCCUUAAGACGAUAUAUGAAGCCUUGUCUUGUGUAAGGACAGUGUACAGUUGUGCUGUCUCUCCUAGUGGGAAGAGAAUAUAUGUUACAAAUGAUUAUAUCUCUAAAUUAUUAACACUUGAUAAAACCGGUCAAGUGUUAUUUACAGUAGAAUACCCUGACCUAAAAAAUCCAACUGGACUAUUUGUCAGCCCCAUCGACUAUGUGUUUGUGUGUGGGCGGGGGUCUAUCGCUGUUGUGCAGGUAGACAUGGAGGGGAAACAGAAGGUGGCCACAGUGGCAAGUGAGGCUGAUGGCAUUAUUUGCCCUCAGUCAGUUUGGUUUAGUGGACAAACCUCAACUCUCAUUGUUGGGAAUUAUGAGGAUGACGACAUAACUGUUAUCCAAUUGUGUUGAAUUAGAACUACAGCAUCAGAUUCUGGUAUGCAAAAACGAACCUUGAUAGAAGAUGUGUACGAGUGUUUCCCCCUUUGUUUAAUCUAGUAUGGUAGGCAUUGUUUGUUAAAUGUAA